CACACGCUUUUGACUGACUGGAUGGAUGGAUGACUGGCAGACUGAGUGAGUGAAAGAUAUAGUGACUGACAGACAAGACAUACAGACAGACUGAUUUGAGAGACCAAUUUGACCACUCUCUCUUUAGCUCUCCAGUCUUCUCUCGCUCUCUCUCUCUGUUUGUUUGUCUGUCUGUCUCUCUCAACAACACUGAACUGGUGAGGUCAGCUGGGUGUAAGUGUGGGUCCAGAGGUAAGUAUGGGGACCCUGGCACAGGCUGGGUCACUCCGGGUACUUAUAGUCAGGCUGUGAGGGCCGCUGCUUCACUCCUCAACACGAGCCACACGCCAGCAGUCCUCCCCGCCACCUGUACUGCCAUACACACUCGCUCUGUACCACCGGGGGCUCCUCCAGUACCACACACGGGUGAAACUGUAGUAAUAGCCUGCCUGGCGCACGGUCGUCACUGCAGGCAAAAGAUAGUGGACGUCCGUCUGCCACGAGAAAGUUAUUGCCGAGUGCAGAGGAACGUUAGUCGCUGUUGACUACCCUUACUAGCGCUAAUUUUAUGGUAUUAUCUUAUUUUGCACCACUGUUGGGAAAAGGCUGGCGAAUGUUCGUCUGGCGGUAUACCCUCCCAGGUUCUACUACCAUUACUACUACCUCGUGUUGUCAACUACGAUAAUAGUAUGAACCAAAACCCUGCCAAGAUGACUCUACUGUUCACCACAGCAGUACUCUCUCUCUCGUCUGGCGUUACUAGCGCCAGGCUGGGCAUGUCGUGGCCAGACAUGCAGCUACAGGAGGCAGCCACCAGGACGCUGCAGGAGGUGGUGGAGGGGCCGCUGAGGGGACACAAGGUGACGGUACUGAUGCAUGUCGAGGUGGAGGAGGUGGUGGUGGUGGAUGCCCUCCUCGCCGCCCUCAACAUGGACCUCCACGUCAUCAGGAUAGGAGGCGGCGACGUAGGCCACUUUAACCUCAGCCUCCAGGAUAUAGACGUUCACCUCACCGUGCUGGAGGGGGACCAGCUGGAGGAGGCAGAGAACGCCACCUAUGACCAGGAUCCACCAAUCACAGACACCCUGGUGGCGCUGGUCAACACGGAGCUGCCGUGGCCGCUGUUGACGCCUCCUCAGUGGUGGAUCUCCUCCACGCUCCUCCUCCUCCAACUCAACCUCACCUGCAACGCCUCCCGCUUCUUCGAAACCCGCCUUGCCCAGCAGACCCCGUCAGUAGUGUUGUUGUGUCCCGCCCACCACCACCAAUGGCCAAAGGAACGGAACGACACACACAACAACACUUAUAAUGACGGCGACGACCCCCAAGACUAUCCUCUAUGGAAGGACGACCUCGUAUCCCCUGGUGAUGUCUCCUACAAUGACAUCGUCUUAGAGAACGACCUCAUCUCUCUCACCAUCUACGACCUUCUCACCGACUCCUUGGAGGAAGGGACCCUCGUUUUCAGGGUCCUAACGUGGCUGCCUUACGACCCUGACUGUAAGUUGGGAUAUCUAGGGACGUGGGACCCCUGGGUCUUCACGUCCUUCUCAGGCUUGUUCUACGACCGCUUCCAGUCCAUGGGGGGGACGACCCUCCACGUCUCCAGUGACGACGACGACGCCCCGCUCCUCUUCCUUGAUGACGAUGGCGAGUUCGAAGGAACGUGUAAGAGGAUCCUUGACGUGUUGUCUGACUGGCUCAACUUCACGUUCACACUCACCAACGGAGCUCCUGACAGCAAGUGGGGCGAGAUAGAGAACGGGACGUGGGUGGGGCUGCUGGGAGAGGUAUAUAAGGGCAACAAGGACUUGGCCAUCAACUACUUCACCAUCACCCAUGAGAGGACUCGCUAUUUCGACACCUCCAUCUCUUACCUGACGGAGGGAUUCGGUUUCGUCCUGCCGACGCCACCUGAACUGCCACGAUGGCGUAACCUGGUGUACCCGUUCACCUGGGUGGUCUGGGUGUCUGUGGGCGGCGUGCUCUUCACCUGCGGCUUCUCCUUCUACAUCCUCACCUACCUGCAGCCGCACCACCACACCGCCCACCUCUUCGUCUCCCUCGCUUAUGUCAUGAGGGGGCUGGUGAACCAGUCACACAUUCAGGUGCCGCAUGAAUGGUCGCUGAGAAUGUUCCUGGGUGGCUGGUGGAUCACCGCCUACGUCCUCGUCAUCUCCUACACGUGUAACCUGAUCGCCGUGCUCACCGUGCCCGUCUACCCCACCAGGAUCAACACCCUGGGGGAGCUGGCCGAGAGUAACUACAGGUUGUGUAUGUUGAACUACGGGGAGUUUGUGCCCGACGCCCUGGUCACCUCCUCUGAUGCUGAGAUGCGGCGGCUGGGGGGCAAGAUGGACCUGGUGCCCGUCAAGGAGGAUGGCUACUAUGGCCAAGAGGACUGUGCCGCUCUCGUCCUCGAUAACAAAAACGCUCACACAGAAACUUAUGCUUACCUCAAACUUACCUACGUUGAUAUGGAUUUAGGUGAUAACGUGUAUUUUAUGAAGGAACAAAUAUAUGAAGGCAAUCUGGCUUUCAUCUUCCAGAAAAAUACACCCUGGAGGACGGCCUUCAACAAGGGACUCAGGCGUCUACUGGAGUCUGGCUUCAUCCAAAAAUGGCAGAAAGAUAUAAUGGAGGAAUAUAGCAGAUCCCAAGCUAAGGAUGGGCAGGGGUCAGUGCCACGACCUCUGAGUGUGGGUCACCUGCAAGGAGCCUUCUUUAUCCUGGUGCUAGGUGUAGUGUGUGCUGGCUUGGUGUUCACGGUGGAGUACUGCACCAAGACUCCCACCAUCAUCACCAGCCGACCAUCACCACAACCAUUCAUCAUGCUGACCCACUAAUGUUAACUAUUGCUUUAAAGUCCGUUUAUUAAAUUCAUAUAAAAAUGCGUGAAUAUGGAAGAUGAACAAAGAAUGAUAAUAAUUACACCUACCUGGAUUAUAUUAAAUUGCCUUACUUAAUUUUAACCCGAGAUCUGUAAUGGUAUAAAUGUGUCUACACCUAAGGUAAUGGGGGGUCCCACAGACCCCAGAGGAAAAGAAAUCACCAAAAACCAGGAAGUUACAUCCAAUAAAAUUUAAAGGUAUAUACAAACAUUUAAAGGUCUUAAUUAGGCUUCUCGCUGAAAAUUAAACAAAAUAAAAAUAAAAAUAGCUGAAUAUAUGAAAAUA